AUGUUACGCUUCCUUCCUCCUGGUCGCUUCAUGACGGAGCGUGUGUUUGUGGUGGAUGAGUGUGUAGCAGCGGGCGGCUCUGCGCUAGAGCGGAGAGCGCCGAGAGUGAGCCCCAGCUACCAGUGGGCUGAGGAGUCUACGAUAGUGAGCGUGUCUGCCACUCCGCCUGGCUCGACAUAUGGUCUCACCCCUUCGCCUCUGAGCAGAGACAGCCAGAAGCCCAAACUUCCCCAUGCCAAUCACAUAGACCUGCUGCAGGCACAUGGACGUCAGACUGCAGACAGGGAGCGCCAGCUCCAGGCUGCAGAGGGGCUCUCGCUGGGAGAGCCAGGCUGUACGAGGAGGUCGGAUUACUGCAACAGAAAAGAGGCAGCAGCCAGCCUGCACGUACUGAGCUCAGCUAUGAAGAUCCAGGAGGUUCCGGGAGGCUGUGACGCGAGGAGGGCGCAGAGGAGCCCGGAGGGUGACGGGCGGGAGGGGGACCCGCUGACCGACGUGCCCAGACUGGACCUGUCAGCCCUGACUGACGACAGCACCUGGGGAGAUCCAGUGCCGGCGUAUGCAUCCUGGCAGAGGGAGGGCCUGGAGGAGGAGGAGGAGGCCCGACUCUCACCCCAGGCUGGGGGGCCGCUCAUCCGCCAGUUACUGGAGGAGGACAGCGACCCCAUGAUCUCCCCGCGAUUCUAUGCCUUCAGCCACUGCCAGCAGUACCCAGACGACACGGAGGUCCCUCCGUCCCCACCUGACUCCCACUCUUUUAUGAGCCGACAGAGAAGCUGGUCUCUGGGAUCGUGUGAGGACGACAGAGAGGAGAUGACCUCAAACCAGAUUACCAGGAAAAUCCACAAUCUGAAGAGAAAAAUCCGCAAGUUUGAGGAACGAUUUGAGGAGGAGCACAAGUACAGGCCGUCUCACAGUGACAAAGCUGACAACCCUGAGGUGCUGAGAUGGAUGAAUGAUCUCUCCAAGCUGACGAAAGACCUGAAAGAGCAGAAGCUGAGGGCGUCUGAGGAGGACCUGCCACCCCUCGUCCGCCAGCGCAGCAACACCCUGCCCAAGAGCUUCGGCUCGCAGCUGGAGAGGAAGCCCCAGGAGAAGGCGGCCAAGCCGCCAGUGGAGAGCACGCUGGAGGCCCUGCAGAACAAGCUCCAGGAGAAGAGGGACGAGGACGGUCGUCCUGAGGAUAUCAAGGACAUGACGAGGGAUCAGAUUGGUGCAGAGAAGCUGGCCCUACAGAGGGCUCUGUUGUACUAUGAGAGCAUCCAUGGCAGACCGGUGACUAAGACUGAGAGGCAGAUGACGAGGCCUCUUUACGACCGCUACCGGCUGGUGAAACAGAUCCUCUGCAGAGCCUCCACCAUCCCCGUCAUUGGCUCUCCCUCCAGCAAGCGCAGAGGCCCUCUGCUUCAGCCUAUUAUCGAAGGCGAACCAGCACUGUUCUUCAGCAACGUCAAGGAGGAGGAGGAUGGCUCCGAGGAUGAGGGGGACCCUCGGACGGAGCUGACAGGGACGACCAAGCCCGAGUACCGCAUGCUGGGCUUCCUGGACCAGCUGGAUGAGGACGGGGACGGCUCCAUCAGCCCCGCCGACGACCUGUCCCCCUCUAAGCACAGCAUAGACAUGCGUCUGUCCAAUCUGCACUCCGCCACCACGCCUGAGCUCGUGGAGCAGCUCCUACAGACGCGCGAGGAGAAGAAAAGAAUCCGCAAGAAGCUCAGAGAGUUCGAAGACACGUUUUUCCGACAAAACGGGAGAAACGUCCAGAAGGAGGACCGCCCUGCCUUGGCUGAGGAGUACAGCGAAUAUAAGCAUGUCAAAGCCAAGCUCAGGCUCUUGGAAGUUCUCAUCAGCAAAAGAGACUCCUCAACAUUCAUCUAGAGGAGGCAGGGACUGCUCCUGCAUAUCACCAGCAGCUGAAGGACACAGGGCAUUGCAUCUGCCUGCCACAGCUUUCCAGACAUCAGGAGAGGCUGGACAGGGGAUUUUGCUUUGAUUGUGCCAUACUGAAAGAGAGCAGGCACGAGCCAUUUGACAUUUGCAUCACAGAUAUGUAUCUCAAGUGGAUUUCUGUGCCACUCUUUUCUCAGCCCCAGAAAAAUGGAACAAAUUAUAUUGUUAUAUUGUAUAUAAGCAAAUGUAUAUUGGUGCAGUCCACAAAGGUAUUGUAGAUGCAGCUGAACAAGUGAACUGUCCUUUUAAGACAAAAAAUUGCAGUCUUUUAUAAUCAAGAGCAAUCCUAUGAAGAUGGUAUUUCCAACAAUAAGCUAUAAAUCAGAAGCCUUGAAAAAUCAAUAAUUUUGUGUUAAUUUUGUCCAGUGAUCAAUAGACAGUUCCCUUUGGAAAUAAGCUCAACUUGAACAAAAUGAUAGUACAACUUUAAAAAUCUAUUGUAAUUAUUAAAUAUAAUCUGCUAAAUAUGUUCUUUAUGAUUUUGUGAAAUUCAAAAGCCAUUAUACUAUUGCUUGAUCAAACAGCUGGAAACAUUAAUGUGCAUAUCUCAUAACUAUAAGUAAGUAUCACAUUCCAGAUUCUUGCAAUUACAGUUUGCGUGGAUUUUGCAUUUUUAUUUUAUUAUGUAAAAUAUUGUACAUGUAAAUGUGUCAAUGUGUAUUCUGUGGUGACCCUAUAUUAUAUCCCCUUGUUUCUGUGUGAGUAUGUGUGUGUGUGUGUGUGUGUGUGUGUGUGUGUGUGUGUGUGUGUGUGUGAGUGUGUGUGUGUGCGCGUGUGUGUGUGCGUGUCAGGGAGUGCAACUAAGUUCACACUGCGAUGCACAAUCGUGUUUUUUGUCAAUCCCCAGUGAUCAGCUUGCUCCCAAAAGCUUACUGCAAGCAUUCACCAGAUGUUGCAGCCUCAUUUUGUAAGAGGUCUGAAUAACCGAUUUGUUCCACCUGAAUAUGGAUCAAGAUCUAUGUUUACACUUCUAACCAAGCAAGUACCUUCUCUCUAAAAUGAACAAAUCCAAUGUUGCUUCAUUUUUUUAAAAAAAGGUGA